AUGAGCAACAUGUUUCAAGAGAUCAUAGCCUUCAUCAUAAGCACCACGGGAUGGGUGCUGGUGUCCUCAACCUUGCCAACGGACUACUGGCAAGUGUCUUCAAAUGAUGGAGACGUCAUUACUACAGCUACCUAUUGGGCCAAUCUGUGGAAAGUCUGUGUCACUGAUUCAACAGGAGUCUCCAGCUGCAAAGAUUUUCCCUCAAUGCUGGCACUGAAUGGUAUUAUCCAAGCUUGCAGAGGACUGAUGAUUACAGCUGUCUUUCUGGGGUUUUUUGGUUCUAUAUUUGCCCUUGUUGGAUUGAAAUGCACCAAAAUUGGAGGAACUGACAAAAACAAAGCCAGGAUUACAUGUUUUGCUGGUGUAGAUUUCAUUCUUAGUGGCCUCUGUUCACUCUCAGCGUGCUCCAUCUAUGCACAUCGGAUAACAUCAGAGUUUUUUGACCCAACUUUUAUAGACAAGAAGUAUGAGCUGGGAGCUGCUCUCUUUAUCGGCUGGGCAGGUUCUAUCCUGUGCAUUCUGGGAGGUAGUAUGCUCUGCUUCUCCAUUGGAGAUUCUGUUACCAAAAGCCACAGUCAGGAAAACUAUAUCUACAAAGGUGCUGCCACACAUUCUCAUAUCUCCCCUUACCCAAGAGGGCACGCAAAAUCAGUAAACCCAAGGCCGACUGCAGACUGCAGCAACUCCUCCAGGACACAGCACUUUGAUAAGAACAUAUACGUUUGA